UACAUUAAUAUAAAAUUCAGAAAAAUGAGUGUUGGUUUCAUAUUCGAUUGAUAUCAAUGUAAUUAAAGAUUGACAAAAUUGCUUACCACUAGAACAGAAGCAGUGAGGACACAUCCAAAAACGAUAUAGUGAAACGCAUUCAUUUUGAGUUUUGUCUGGCUUGAGAAAAAUUAAAACAAAAAGAAAUACUGAUUCCUUGGAGUCAUUAUGAAUCCAUUCAAAAUUUAAAGUUAUUUAUCUUUAAAAUAAUGUUGGCUCACAGCAUUUUAGCCCAGGCUAGUGCACUUGACAGAACAGGUGGCUGCUGUGAGAGCAUACACCCUCUGUAAUGCAGGAUUACCUGAUAUUCUGGUGUUGCAAGUCAACUACUUUGCAUUAAUUAUCUUUAAAGGGCUAGUGCAUAAGAGGGCUUGGUUAGAUUUUAUCUGCUGUGCAACAAAAAUGUUGUUUGAUUUAUUUUAUUUGUGAUUCUAUUAGGGAACUUUUCAUGCAAGUGAUGCAUCAAAGCGUAGAGUCUAACUUAAUUUGAUGUGCUCGAGCCAAGGCUUUGACAUCACCCUGCGUCCUCUUGGCCUACGCCCACACAAGACUUUGAAGAAAUCUGAUCUGAAAAACAACCUGAUAUCGCAGCCAAAAUUAAUUACCCAUGGGCUACUGACUUUUUUAUGCUUCAAAGUCAAGGGAAUGAAGCAUCGGUAAUGCUGCUGAUGGUUUGUUUUAGCGACCACACACAUGGACACGGACAUGGUUGUCUAUAUAAAAGGUGACUGCUGCUAAAAUAAACUACUGCAGCUCUGGGCAGGGCACAAAUCUUUACCAGACAAGUAAUACAAACAUUCGGGAAUGGAUCUAACUGCGAAAAACCCAGAGAGUAUAAUUUUUUUCUCUUUUUUGGAUAUAUAAAACAAAGUCCUCACAUUCAAUGGCUUUACAGGAUCUGUGCAAUUUCCAGGACAUUUUUCAGGACAGUCUUAUCCAACAGUGCUUUUUGGGGACAUUUGAAAAGAACACUGCGUGUGAUUAUGUGAGCAGUUUAUCCACCAGGAGUAGCACAAGUCUGUUCAAUUUUUACAUACCAGUGGCUGAGUACUUAGAUGAAAGUCCAAUACAAUUUGGGCAAAUCAGCACCAUCCAGAGCUCCAGUGCCAUUUCAUCUCAAGAAUCCAUCUUAUCACCCUCCUCCUUGCCUACAAGCCUUCCUUUUGCUUCCUCCCAGUCUGUGCCUCUUCCCUUCCCCAUGUCUCAUGGCACCACCACUUUGGCUUUCAUGUUUCAGGGCGGCGUUCUCGCAGCAGCAGACACUCGUUCCAGUUGUUCCGGCCUUGUGGCGUGUCCAGCCUCCCAGAAGAUCCUGCCCAUCCACAGUCACUUGGUGGGCACUACCUCGGGUACAUCGGCUGACUGUGCGCUCUGGAAACGGAUUCUGGCUCGAGAACUGCGCCUUUACCAGCUCCGCCAUGGCCGACGCUUGUCCACAAGAGGAGCUGCCAAAUUGCUUUCACACAUGCUUCAUCCUUUCAAGGGAACUGAGCUGUGUGUUGCUGCAACGCUGUGUGGGUGGGACGGAGGAGAGGUGGAUGAUGGAUGCCAUGCAGGUACAGUGAUUGAUCUCAGAGGUCAUGGAGGAACAACAAAGAGUCAAAUGACUGACCAGGAGAAGCACUUAGAUACCCCCAAUGAAAAGGUCUCUCUGCCAGAGACUCAGAGCUCUGCUUUUUCUGAGCAAUACUUUGCAAGGAAGAAAUUAAGUUUCUCCGGACCCGGUCUGUUUUAUGUAUGCAGUGAUGGUACUCGCCUGCAGGGAACGCUCUUCUCUGUGGGUUCAGGAUCCCCUUAUGCCUACUCAAUUCUGGACCAAGGGGUUCGAUGGGGUCUGACAGUGGACGAGGCCACAUCAAUAGCUAGAGAAGCUGUGUACAGAGCUACGCACAGGGAUGCAUACUCAGGAAACUGUGUAGACAUCUAUCACAUCACCUCAAACGGAUGGACUCGCAGGAGCAGAGAAGAUUUGAAAGAGGAAUAUUACAGAGAAAAGGAGAGGCGAAGACAUGAGGGAAGGGGGAGAAAGGACGUGACUGUGUCGGAGUAAAGACAUGAAACAAACUAAAAUGUCACGAGGAAAGAAAAGGCAAACAUAGGGGAGUAUUUUGGAGAGAUGUGGUAGCAUCUUUGCAGCAGAUACUAAAUUAAUGAACAGGACAGGCAGUUGCAUCCUCCAGGCUAUUUCUCAAAUGAUUUGGGCAUGCCUAUCGUUCCCUCUAAUAAACAGCUGAUGUUUUGUUUGCGGUGAUGAUAAAAUGUGUUCUAACAGCGCACUGCUGGCUGGCAUUUUGAUUUAGACAUUAAAACAUUAUGAAUCAUUUCAAGCAUGUGAGGUAAUUACUACCUACUCCUGCAUGUGGUGGAAUCGCAUAAACAGGGAGAAGCUGAAAAUGGAUAAUCCAAAAAAUCUAAAUGUCUGGAGGCUGAAGGUCAUAAUGGAUUGCCAUGUGCGAGGGAACACAUUGAGCUGUAGCAAUAAACAGGCUGAAAACUUGAUUUGUGUCUGCUGUCGGAUUACUUCUGAAGUUUCUUUGACACUUCAAUAAAUUAAUGAAUAAAAGAAAUUUUGCUGAACGUGCCUGUUCAUUUUGUUUGAGCGCUGCAGUCGUAAAUUAGACAUACUAGAAAUUAUUCAAACGACAGUGAGUCUGCAAAGGAUUUUACAGAGCUGCCCAGCGCUUGGCCACACCUUCUCAAACUUUAGCGAAGAUACUAAUAGUGUGGCGAUGGACGGUUUCCAGGGCAACACAACACCACCGCAUGAGAGUAGUUUUACAGCAUAUGUGUUACACUACAUGUCAAAAUGCUUGAGCGGUGCAUGAAGUCGUGUCUCUACAUGCGGAUAUGAUGAGUUAAUUCCUGAGUAUCGAAGUAUAUUGUAUGUGACGCAGGUUUUAAUGGCUCACAUGUGCAUAUGUGU